CCGAGAGCAGCCCCCGUAAAAUCUUCCUCUGCAUCCUAUUCGCUAUUGCCGGGGGGGGGGGGGCAUCGCCGGUGGCGUUCGUGUGCUUCUCGCUACGGUGAAACCUUUAUUGCCGUUCCUGCCGCACUUUCCUCAUUCCUUGAGACUUUGGCCGUUGGACGGUGUACUCUGCGGGAUCCCCAACCUCCUGCUGAGCUCCCGCACAGAGGGCGGGCAUGGCUGGAAGGCAUACCAUCAUUCUCAUGCAACCAUCACAGAACAGAUCGACGAGGACAUUUAUGGACUACGAUUCAGUUAACCACGCGCUGGAUGGAAUAUGUGGUCUUUACGAAAGGAAAAUCAGAAACAUCAACCCGAUGGUCAGGAACUUGACUUAUGAUAUCGGUGACCUGUACAACUUCAUCGAUGGCCUGACCGACAUAAGUGCACUGGUGUACGACGAUUCACUUCACGCUUUCCUGCCGUAUGACCGCCAGUGGAUAAAACAGAAGCUGUUUCAGCACCUGAAGCGGCUGGCGCAGCAGUAGGGUAUCAUCACCGCUGGCUUUUGACGUGCAUGCGUCGUGGGGAGAACCCCCUCACCUAAGCCUUAAGGCUUUGUUUGGGUGCUCUAGUAUUAACCUCAAUUCAUAUGUAUUGAGGUGAAUUAAGGUGUACAUUAGUUUAAUUUACAACUCAGGGCUUGUUCGGUUAGCUCUCAAUCCAUGUGGAUUGAGUGGAAUUGGAUAGGUUUUAAUCCCAAACAAGUCAAACUUAUUCUCAAUUUUUUCUAAUCUCAUCCAAUCCAUAUGUAUUGGGAAUAACCGAACAAGCCCUCAAUCCAUCUCAACACAUGUGGAUUAUGGUCAAUACUAGAGCAUCCAAACUAGCCUAUGGUUCGGGCUUGGAUCCAAAUGCCCAGGAUGUGUGUAUAGAAAUAAGACCUGUAUCCCGUGUUUGAUGUAGAACAUGUGGUCAUGCUGCGGCUUGCUUCUGAAGAUGAUUGGUUGAACAAUG